GGCGCGCGGCUGCCACACCGAGUCAUCUGCUGAACUGAAUUCGGGCCUUCGGGAUGCCGCUCGCCGCUGGCGGGCAGUCAUUCGUGUUCCGGUGCUGCGAGCAGCUGGUUGAGCCAUUGCUGCUUUUCGUGUUUAGCUUUAAGUGCGGUGGUGUUUGCGCGCUUUGGAUGUGCGUUUGAAAGUCCGCUCGAGUUUAGAAAGUUUUGUGCUGAGCAGCCGGUGACGUAGCCGCUUUGUUUUUGUUUUGGUGUUUGUUUUUUACCGCCGUGACCUACUGUGCCAAACGGUUUGAAACGCCGGGAUUCGUUCUGCAGCGCUUCUUCGGUGGAUUGGUUCCAUUUUUCUCGACAAUGGCAACGCACCUGUUGUGGCUGUGUGUAGCAGCAGCAGCAGCACUGGUCUGCUCGAACCCGACCCGCGGCACACCGAUCGACACGGUGACGGCGCACAACCCGCUGCCCGUGCCAACGGGCGCCGAUGGUUCGGCCGGGCUGGAGUCGCUCCUCCCGACCAAGGUGCCCGAGGUGGCGAGCGGCACCACCGAAACUAGCAAGAUGUCCCGCUUUCUCGACGACUUCACGUCCGCCUUCAAGCAGGGCACGGCCAAGAUGAAGGAGAGCCUGGAGAGCGCCGCCAGCUCGGUCAAGGACGGCGUGAUGCAGGGGUACGACUACGUGCGCAGCAAGCUGACCGGCGGUGGCGCCGGGCCCGACCCGUCCACCCCCAGCGCACCGGCCGACGACGCCGCCAGCAAUGCCACCGCCUCAACCACCUCGACCGCGUCGGCCCUCACCGCCCCGGUCGCCCCAUCAACCGUGCGGCCAGCAAUCAGUGGCGGCCUGUCCGAUGCCGCCGCGAUCGGCGUGUCGAACGAACCGGCCCGCAUCGUGCCGAACGACGACGAGGACGACGAGCGGAUCUUCUUCAACGACAAGGACUACACCGCGGUCAAGCCGCUCGACGGCAGCGAGGACGAGCGGGACGUCACCGAGUCCCCGGUCACGACGACCGUCGCCGUCGACAACCGGUUCAUCAUAGCCGGGCCGCUCGCGUGCAAAAGCGGGCAGGAGGUGGUCAACGGGAAGUGUCGAAAUGUGUUCUGAGCGCUCCUCCAUGCAAUCCUCCUCUGUUUCCCCCUUUUCCUACGGUGGUCCCAUCACGUCUCCGACGGGCGGGGAGUGAUGAUUUGCAUUCACGGAUGCCCUUGUAUUGCGGGUGGGGAGGGGGUUUGUGUGAUUCCCACCCUGCCUUCUCUAUCCCACACAAACCCUCCCACCCUGUCUCUCUUUCUCACUCACUCUCUUUCCACCUCCUCCCCCCCCCUCCCCCAUCCCCUCUUACCUAGAGCGCCAUUUCGUUAGGAAGUGUGAUUUUUUAAUUUAAUUCUAUUACCGCUAAUACGCGGCCGACGCGCGUUAGCUUGCCACACGGCACCCACACACACACACACACACACUGUGCACGGUGAAUGAGCUAACGCAAGACGCUCAACAAAAAAAGAACAUAAAAAAAGGAAAAGAAAAAAAAAACCCAGCAUAAAUCCCCACCCUCCCGUCUAGCGACACGGUGCUUGGGUGGUUUUUUUCUUCUUCUUUUCUGUGUGCUGGAGGUGUUGGAGACUUACCGAGUAGCAGCAGCAGCAGCUCCGUGCGGAUGUUACAGCAGACGCACGGUGCACGCCAGAAGAACACGCAAAAGGGAAAGGAAAUAAAUUUCAUUUGAUUAGCAAACGGAA